UCAACUAAUAGGGUCAGUCAUAGUGAUAGGAUAGAGAAACUGAAAGAGGAAUCUAUCCAUCUCUAAAACCCUACUCUCCCUUCUCUCUCUCCCCUGCAAAGUUGUCUCUACAGCAGGAAUCUUUUCUGAAACGUCACUCACACAAGCUCUGCAGCAAAAACUUCAGCCGCUAUGGAUGCCUGCGAAGCAAUGAAAAUAGUGAUGCCGAGAAUCAAGAGCUUGGACGCCGAAAACGCCUCCCGAAUCAUAGGAUACAUUCUGAUGCAGGAUCAAGGGGAGAAGGAGAUUAUUAGAUUAGCCCUAGCACCCGAUGCGCUUCUCCUAUCCAGCGUCAAUCAAGUAAAAGUCUGCUUAGGGCUCGCUUUCCCCAAUUCACUCUCGAAUUCGAACGCUCUGCAGCUCAAUUCCGGAAUCCGGCCAGCCGCCUUUCCGAAUUCGCCCCGCUACGGCUACAUCGGCGGCAGCCUCUCCCCCCCGCCGCCAAUUUCGCCCAAUUCUAAUUUUGGCGGGAAUGAGUUGAGUGAUGAGUUGCUGAGCCCUAGUGGCCGGAGUGAUUCUCUCAUUUUCCAAUUGAGUGAGGACGGCGGCGUCGGUGGUGUUGGAUGUAGGCCGUGUACCUAUUUGGGGAAAGGGUUUUGCAGGAAUGUUGAUUUUGUUGGUGGUGGUGAUGAAUUGGGAUCUUUUCAGCAGCAGAGGUUUGGAGUCAGGGCUCCGUUUGCUAAUUACAACAAAUCCAGCAACUCUUUGAAUGCGAAUCAGAGGUGUGGUCCUAGGAAUGAGCUUUCACGAGUGGGAAUGGGACUGAGUGCUGCUAUGGCUUCUAGCUCACGGCAGAUUUACUUGACCUUUCCGGCUGACAGUACGUUUAAAGAAGAGGAUGUUGCCGGCUACUUUAGUAUGUUUGGGCCGGUGCAAGAUGUUAGAAUUCCAUAUCAACAAAAGCGGAUGUUUGGGUUUGUUACAUUUGUGUACCCAGAUACUGUAAAACACAUCUUGGCUAAAGGGAACCCUCACUAUGUGUGUGAUUCUCGAGUGCUGGUAAAACCAUACAUGGAAAAAGGAAAAGCCCCAGACAAGAAACAAUUCCAACAGCAAUAUCAAAAUCUAGACAGGUCUGAGUAUUCACCAAACUUAAGCCCUUCUACAAUGGAUUCAAAAGAACUCUUUGAUGUUCCGAUUGGUGAGCAUGCACAGCUGGCUGCAGGACCCAGAAUGUUAUUCAAUAGAAAGGAGAUGCUGAGGAGACAAUUGGAGAACGAGGCUGAAUUACAUAAUGUCAUUGAACUUCAAAGUCGAAGGAUGGGGAAUUUACAGUUGAUGGACGUAGGAUAUCAGCAGCAUAAUAAUCGCUUUCUGCCAAGCUUUCAAACUGGUGUCUUGGUUUCCUCCCCGAGACAGUCUCAGCCAGUAGAAAACAUGAUUGUUUCUUCUGAUCGUGCUAAUCCAAACGUUUUGCAAGAACUCGAUGACUGGCAAGAAUCAUCAAAAGUUGAUCAUGAGUAUUCAGUGCUGGAAGAAACUGAAUCUUCCUUGGAUAACAAUGUUUCGAAUGGCAAUAGAAACCGACAUGUAAAGGAUGACGAUUCUUAUCUCCCUGGAAGUUUGGAGCAUUUCCUACCCGGCACUCUUUUCUGCUCGCCAACAAAACCAGCUUCGGAGGAUUAAUUUGCAUUCUCACCAGCUCAUCAGAAGACAAUAGUCCUCUAAUUAGUACAUCCUUCUAACUAUGCUCCCAACGACAAGGUACACUAGUUAAUUCAACUCCAUCACUUUGCCAUUUUAAAGAAUUUGCGCUUAGGAACAAGGAUGACUUGCCAACGACAAUGAAGGUGUUUCUACCAGUCGUCGUUUGUGAAAUGGUAAUGAAUAGCCUAGCUUGGUAAGUAGGUCAGAAGUCCUGAAACAAUAGUUCUGAAAAUCAGUACAUGUUUGCUUUAGAUGGCUCAUUUUGCAAUCCAGUUAGCUGUGUAUAAUGAUCAAUGAACAGAAGAUGUGAGUUGGAACAAUAUAGAGUGUAGUAUGCAAGAACUGAUUUAUGGGAGUGGGGUCUCUCCUUUACUUUAUUUUGCGACCCUUUCAUGUGAUGGUAUGGACCACAUAUGAAUUGUAGCACAUCACUAGACAUAUGAAGGCUAGUAGUUUUAUAUCUUUGACUGCUGUCCUUUUCUUUUACUCUUUUUUUUCAUUAUCAAUUUGUAAAAAAAUGUUAGGAAAUUUGAAAUGAAAAGGGAAUGGGCAUUUAGUUUUGAGAUGUAUA